CCAAGGAAUGCAGACUAACAGCCCGGCUGGAGUCUGAGGACUGCCAGGACCCACUGCGUGCCAGCCAUGGGCCGGGAUUACUACUCUGUGCUCCAGAUCACUCGCAAUGCAGAGGAUGCCCAGAUCAAGAAGGCGUAUCGAAAACUUGCCCUGAAGACCCACCCAUUGAAGACAUCUGAGCGGACUGCAGAGGAGGCAUUCAGGCAGAUAGCAGAAGCCUAUGACGUGCUGAGUGACCCUGUGAAGAGAAGCAUCUAUGACAAGUUUGGAGAGGAGGGCCUGAAGGGCGGGAUUCCUCUGGAGUUUGGAUCCCAGACCCCAUGGACAUCGGGCUACGUCUUCCAUGGCAAUCCUGAAAAGGUGUUCCAUGAAUUCUUCGGGGGAGACAACCCCUUCAGUGAAUUUUUUGAUACAGAAGGACAUGAAGUGGAUUUAAAUUUUGGGGGGCUCCGGGGCCGAGGGGUCCAGAAGCAGGACCCCCCAGUUGAACGGGAUCUCUAUCUUUCCCUGGAGGAUUUAUUCUUUGGCUGCACCAAAAAAAUUAAGAUUUCCCGGAGGGUACUGAAUGAUGACAGGUACUCUUCCACCAUCAAGGACAAGAUCCUGACAAUUGAUGUGAAGCCUGGCUGGAGGCAGGGCACACGUAUCACCUUUGAGAAGGAAGGGGACCAGGGUCCCAACAUCAUCCCAGCUGACAUCAUCUUCAUUGUGAAAGAGAAGCUCCACCCUCGCUUCUGCAGGGAGAACGACAAUCUCUUCUUUGUGUAUUCCAUCCCUUUGGGCAAGGCCCUCACCUGUUGUACCGUGGAGGUGAAGACUCUGGAUGACCGGCUGCUCAACAUCCCCAUCAAUGAAAUCGUCCACCCCAAGUACUUCAAGCAGGUACCAGGUGAGGGGAUGCCACUGCCCGAGGACCCCACCAAGAAGGGUGACCUCUUCAUCUUCUUCGACAUCCAGUUUCCUACCCGCCUCACACCCCAGAAGAGGAAGAUGUUGCGCCAGGCUCUGCUCACCUAACCCUCAGGGGUGAGGGCUGGCUGGGUGUGACCCACCCUACAGCCCCAGCCAUACAGGGAAGCCAGCUCCUGCAGAUGUCCUUUGAGGGUGGACCAGCACGGGACCCCGGGCUAAGAUAAUAAAAGACUC